GCUAAGGCAUGUUGAUGACUUUGCCGCUAAUGAAAACUUCCAUCUUAGCCUCGUGAACCCUGCUUCUCGCCGGAGAGUCAGCAGCUUCCUCUCCACAGUCGCGAGUUCCUCACUUCUGAGAGUCGUUCCUCCUCAGCUUUCUUCGUCUUCCUCGUCGUUCGCCUUCCUCUCCGAUCUCCUCCCUCCAGCAUCGACCCCCCCUCAGAUUAUUAAGAAAUUAUUAAGAAACCGGAUAGUGUGGGGGCGAAAACACUGAUUCAGCAACUGCGUUUCAUCAUUUCAGCUCAGGUGUUGCUAUAUUUUAUGCUGGGUAUAUCCAGCUCAAUUGCGAGAGGUCAUUUCCGAAGCUUUGACACUGAAAGCUAGGGUUUUGUGCAAGAAAGGAGGGCAUGGAGGCCGCGGUCGUCGACGCUGGCUCAAAGCUCCUUAAAGCGGGAUUUGCUAUCCCCGAUCAGGCUCCAGCUAUGAUAAUUCCUACUCAGAUGAAACGCAUGCUUGAUGAUGGAUCAUUGACUGAUAAUUCAUUAGCUGAUGAUGUUACCAUAGAUCCAAUUGUGAGAGGAUUUGUCAGAGAUUGGGAUGCAAUGGAGGAUUUGUUGCAUCAUGUUUUAUAUACUGGCCUGGGAUGGGAAAUUGGCAAUGAAGGACAAAUUCUAUUCACGGAUCCUCUUUGUACGCCAAAGGCUAAUAAAGAACAGUUAGUGCAACUAAUGUUUGAAACAUUCAACAUAUCAGGCUUUUAUGCCUCAGAACAAGCAGUGCUAUCACUAUAUGCUGUGGGACGUAUCUCAGGAUGCACAGUUGAUAUUGGUCAUGGAAAAAUAGAUAUUGCACCAGUAAUUGAGGGUGCUGUUCAUCACAUCGCCUCAAAAAGAUUUGAAUUUGGAGGCGUUGAUUUAACAAAUUUCUUGGCUCAAGAACUCGGCAAGUCAAAUCCACUAGUAAGCAUUAGCCUGUCUGAGGUUGAGAAAAUAAAAGAGCAAUACUCAUGUUGUGCUGAAGAUGAAUUAGCUUAUCGGAAGACCCAAAGUUCUUGUGUUGCAGAGAAACAUAUUCUUCCUGAUGGACAGGUGAUAACUAUAGGGAGGGAAAGAUAUACUGUUGGUGAAGCUUUAUUCCAGCCAUGUCUAUUGGGUUUAGAGACACAUGGAAUCGUUGAACAGCUUGUACGAACUAUUUCCACUGUGUCAUCAGAUAAUCACCGCCAACUGCUGGAAAAUACUGUGGUUUGUGGCGGCCCCUCUGCAAUGACUGGCUUUGAAGAAAGGUUUCAGAAGGAAGCUAACCUAACUUCAUCUGCUGUUCGACCCACUCUUGUUAAGGCUCCCGAAUACAUGCCAGAAAAUUUAACUACAUAUUCUGCAUGGGUGGGAGGUGCCAUACUUGCCAAAGUAGUUUUCCCGCAAAACCAGCACGUAACAAAGGCUGACUACGACGAAACCGGACCUUCCAUCGUUCACCGGAAAUGUUUCUGAUGGCAUUCCUGGAGGCGCGAACUCCGCAAAUGUCUAGUUUCUUUAACACCAACUUGUAAUGUAAGAGGUAGUAGUAGGCCUUGGAUUGAUCCUGAAUUCUAUUUUUAUGUGCUAGAAGCGUUGAAGUCAAUUUGCUUUUGUUAUCCUGAAAAGAAGGAAAUAUUGAUGAGCUCAAGGCAGGCAUGUUUCUGAUAGCACGGGUAGAUGAUUUUAUUUUAUCGAAGCUUAAGCUUGUUGAACAUAAGCCCAUAAUUGAUAGUUGUUGAACAUUGAGGAA